CAGUCGCCUGUCGGAAAUGGCUGUCGGCCGGCAGGGGGAGUGGAGAUUCCUGCGCGGCCUGGGAGGCGCGCGGCUGGCGGCCAGGGCGGCUUCUGGGAAGCCGAGUUUCGCGCAGGCGGCGGCAGCGGUGGCGGCAGCUCUUCCCUGAACUGGAAGCCGGCCUGAUUGUUAUCAGUGACAUUGAUAAGAGGCUGGCAUUUUUAACCGAAGCUGUUCUAACCAGCUACUGUAUAAUCUGUCCUGGAAGUUGGACACCCAGAAUUUACUGUCCUGUGAAUAGAAACUAUGUAUAUGUGUGGGUCAGCAAAACCAAGGAACAAGAGCUAUGGCAGUUGAAAUGGUCUGUCUGAUUCCAAGGUAUUUUUCCUGGGUUUCAUCAUCAGGCUUCUCCUCCCUUUCACCGUGGCAACAAUGCGGCACCUUUUACUGUUUGAUGAAGAUGAAGAACAUGUUCUUUGGUCAACAAGUGGAAUUUAAAAUCUACCAGAAUAGGGUCAGAGACUGUUUCAGUCAUAGCUGAGGAAAAUGAAAUUUCCAUUUUACAUGGUGCCUUGUAGAGGGAGCACACUAACUCUUCUGGAAACAUCUGAGUGAAAAGAGGUUGAAUUUUGCCGAAUCGAAACUCAUGGUGAUGGCGAGUGAUCCGACGUGAUCAGAGAGGGCAGCAGCCACAAAGAACUCAUGACCGGCUAUACCAUGUUGCGGAAUGGGGGUGUGGGGAAUGGAGGUCAAACCUGUAUGUUGCGCUGGUCCAACCGCAUCCGGCUCACGUGGCUCAGUUUUACGCUCUUCAUCAUCCUGGUUUUCUUCCCCCUCAUUGCUCACUACUAUCUCACCACCCUGGAUGAGGCAGAUGAGGCAGGCAAGCGGAUUUUUGGCCCACGGGCUGGUAAUGAGCUCUGUGAGGUAAAACAUGUGCUGGAUCUCUGCCGCAUCCGUGAGUCUGUGAGCGAAGAGCUCUUACAGCUGGAAGCAAAGAGGCAGGAGCUGAAUAGUGAGAUUGCCAGGCUGAACCUGAAGAUUGAAGCCUGUAAGAAAAGCAUUGAGAAUGCCAAGCAGGACUUGCUGCAGCUCAAGAAUGUCAUCAGCCAGACGGAGCACUCUUACAAAGAGCUGAUGGCUCAGAAUCAGCCCAAACUUUCUCUGCCCAUCCGAUUGCUCCCUGAGAAGGACGAUGCUGGUCUUCCUCCUCCAAAGGCCGCAUGGGGUUGCCGGCUGCAUAAUUGUUUUGAUUAUUCUCGUUGUCCUCUCACUUCUGGUUUUCCAGUGUAUGUUUAUGACAGUGAUCAGUUUGUUUUCAGCAGCUACCUGGAUCCCUUGGUCAAGCAGGCUUUUCAGGCAACAACACGAGCCAAUGUCUAUGUUACAGAGAAUGCAGACAUUGCCUGCCUUUAUGUGGUUUUAGUGGGAGAAAUGCAGGAGCCAGUAGUGCUGCGGGCUGCUGACCUUGAGAAGCAGUUGCAUUCUCUACCACACUGGCGGACAGAUGGACACAACCAUGUCAUUAUUAAUCUGUCCCGGAAGUCAGACACCCAGAAUUUACUGUACAAUGUCAGUAUAGGCCGUGCCAUGGUGGCCCAGUCCACUUUCUAUGCUGCCCAGUACAGGCCUGGCUUUGACUUGGUCGUCUCUCCCCUAGUCCAUGCCAUGUCAGAACCCAACUUCAUGGAAAUCCCACCACAGGUGCCAGUGAAGCGGAAAUAUCUCUUCACCUUCCAGGGUGAGAAGAUUGAAUCUCUGAGAUCCAGCCUUCAGGAGGCCCGCUCCUUUGAAGAAGAAAUGGAGGGCGACCCCCCUGCUGACUAUGAUGAUCGGAUCAUUGCCACCCUCAAGGCAGUACAGGACAGCAAGUUGGAUCAGGUCCUGGUGGAAUUUACCUGCAAAAACCAGCCGAAGCUGAGUCUGCCUACGGAGUGGGCACUGUGUGGGGAGCGCGAGGAUCGCCUAGAAUUGCUGAAGCUGUCCACCUUUGCCCUCAUCAUCACUCCUGGGGAUCCCCGCCUGGUUAUUUCAUCUGGGUGUGCCACACGGCUCUUUGAAGCCCUGGAAGUUGGUGCUGUCCCGGUUGUGCUGGGGGAGCAAGUGCAGCUUCCAUACCAGGACAUGCUGCAGUGGAACGAGGCGGCCUUGGUGGUGCCUAAGCCACGUGUUACUGAGGUUCACUUCCUGUUACGAAGUCUCUCUGAUAGUGAUCUCUUGGCCAUGAGGCGCCAAGGUCGCUUUCUCUGGGAGACUUACUUCUCCACCACUGACAGUAUUUUUAAUACCGUGCUGGCUAUGAUUAGGACUCGCAUACAGAUCCCAGCUGCUCCCAUACAGGAAGAGGUAGCAGCCGAGAUCCCUCAUCGUUCAGGCAAGGCUGCUGGAACUGACCCCAACAUGGCGGACAAUGGGGACCUGGACCUGGGCCCGGUAGAGACCGAGCCGCCCUAUGCCUCACCCAAAUACCUCCGAAACUUUACUCUCACUGUCACUGACUUAUACCGAAGCUGGAACUCUGCUCCAGGGCCUUUCCAUCUUUUCCCUCACACACCCUUUGACCCUGUGUUGCCCUCAGAGGCCAAGUUCUUGGGCUCAGGGACUGGAUUUCGGCCUAUUGGUGGCGGAGCUGGGGGUUCAGGCAAGGAGUUUCAGGCAGCCCUUGGAGGCAACGUGCCAAGAGAGCAGUUCACGGUGGUGAUGCUGACUUACGAGAGGGAGGAAGUGCUCAUGAACUCUUUAGAGAGACUGAAUGGACUCCCUUACCUCAACAAGGUAGUAGUGGUGUGGAAUUCCCCCAAGCUGCCCUCAGAGGACCUUCUGUGGCCUGACAUUGGCGUCCCCAUCAUGGUGGUCCGGACUGAGAAGAACAGUCUGAACAAUCGCUUCCUGCCCUGGAACGAGAUUGAGACAGAGGCCAUCCUGUCCAUCGACGACGACGCCCACCUCCGCCAUGACGAGAUCAUGUUUGGCUUUCGGGUGUGGAGAGAAGCGCGGGACCGCAUCGUGGGCUUCCCCGGCCGGUACCACGCGUGGGACAUCCCUCACCAGUCCUGGCUCUACAACUCCAACUACUCCUGCGAGCUGUCCAUGGUGCUGACGGGCGCUGCCUUCUUUCACAAGUAUUAUGCCUACCUGUAUUCUUACGUGAUGCCCCAGGCCAUCCGAGAUAUGGUGGAUGAAUACAUUAACUGUGAGGACAUCGCCAUGAACUUCCUGGUCUCCCACAUCACUCGGAAACCCCCCAUCAAGGUGACCUCACGGUGGACUUUCCGAUGCCCGGGGUGCCCUCAGGCCCUGUCACACGAUGACUCCCACUUCCACGAGCGGCACAAAUGCAUCAACUUCUUCGUCAAGGUGUAUGGCUACGUGCCCCUGCUGUACACUCAGUUCAGGGUGGACUCUGUGCUGUUCAAGACGCGCCUGCCCCACGACAAGACCAAGUGCUUCAAGUUCAUCUAGGGCGUUGCAAGCUGUGGGCAGAGGGUGGGUGGGACAGGGGAGAUGGCUUCCAAGGUUCUGGGCACUGAGGGCCUUGGGACAUCCACUGGGUGGGUGGCCCACACCUCUGCUGGGAGAGGCAGCAGGAAGAGUGGAGAGGAAAUAGCUGCCCUUAUCUGGAAGUCGGCCACACUGGGCCCGGAACCCUGGUCAGCAGACUGGGGCUUCCACACAGGGCACUGACUGAUAGUGUACACUGAGGACCACAGGGACUCUGGGCAGUCCCUUGCCAGUUUGUAAGCCCAGGACAGCUGGUUUGUGGUUAUUAAAUUCAGUAACAACUAUUAUUUAAAAAGAAAGUUUCAGAUGUGCCAUUCCAGGCUUAUUUAUAUACGUGUGUGUAUAUAUACAUAUGUGCAUAUAUAUACAUAUAUAUGUACACAUUCACAUACAUAUACAUAUAUAUAUACACACAUGUAUGUAUAUCUGUAUGUAUAUCUAUGUAUAGAUAUAUAUAGUGGGGGGAGUUGGAACAGUUGCUUCUCUCCAAGGGAGGGACCCACCAGGCCCCUCAUGUUCUGUAUUUUAGUGGAGGUGGAUCCUGGCCAAUGUGAGCUGACUUCUGCUUUUCAUCUCCUUGCUCAUGGGACAUCUGAGCCCAGAAACAGGAAAGGGGUGGACUUGGCCUCUUAGGGGUCCAUGGACAAGAUGAGACAAGCCCUGUCGGUUUGUGCCUUCCCUGAGGUCCAUCUGGAACUUGCCUCCUCCCACGGGUGGCCCAGGAAGGGCCUGCACCCUGUGAGCAGUGAGUGGCCUUCUGCUGGGCCUGGUGGUUUUGGAGGACUUAAUAUUAGGCCACACUGUUCCAGGACUUCACCCCAUUCCUGGUGUCACCCUUGUGUGGGAGAGGAGAGUAAGGAAGCAGAGUGCAGGAGAAAUGAGCCUGCCCUCCUGGUACAAACCAGCUUUGGCGUCUAGCUCUCUGGCAGGUUUUUCUCCCUUGGAUGUGAGGAUGGAAGCUGCAGCCUGUGCCACCAGGUUGGCCUGGGCUCUGCAGGCUGAGUGUGUCCUUUCAGGGUCCUGCCUGUCCGGCUGGCCGGAAGUCAUACAGCAAGGCACCUGCCUGGAGGAAAUUCACCUUCCCUUCAUCUGUCUCGGCUCCCGCUGUCACUUGGGGCUUCAGACCCCUAAUGCUAGGCUGGCUGCAGGACGCCCUGAGGUCCGUCCGGAGUGUGCCAGGAUGGGUGGGAAGCCGAGACUUGCCAGGAACUUCCAGGUGUUUGCACCCACAUUGCCAUUUUCCACUACUGGUUUAAAUUUCUGUUCCCUGGGCUGAAAGUGAAAUAAGCUCAUUUUGUUCAUGAUGGCAUAGGGAAAUGGAGGGGUGUCAUUUGUCAGAGAUUUGGUCCUUGACUUCUGUUUUUCCGAGCCCCACUUUGUUGAAGUGGAGUUGAGAAUUUGCCAGAAACAGAACAAAAGCUCAGGUCUGUCCUGGUCAUGCACAUGCCUUAAGCCGGCCCUGUCUUCCCUGGACCUUGACCUCCUGUGCUGCACGCUCCUCUCUGGUCCGUCUGAAUGGAUUCUUUCCUGGGGUCCCCACUGCCUGGUGGGCCCAGGUGUCUCUGCUCACCUGCAGGUAGCACCAGGCUGCUCCCUGGGGAACUGGAGCCACACUUCUCUGAUAGCAGAGCGUCUGGGCUCCCUGUCCCCUGCUUUCUAACUGCCCUUUCCCGACUUCUGACUUGACUCUAGCAGAACCCUCCUUCCCUCAGGGAAGCCAAAGAGUGUGGUGUUUUGAGCUGUAUCCGUGGCUGCUAUUUUAUCUUACUUCUUUUAAUGCAAGAAACUUAGAAACUGGUGCAGCGGGCCUGUGUGGGGAAGAAGUAGGCUGUGUGGUUGGAGCCCCUUCUGUGGGGCCAGGUCCUCAGUCCCCGAGUGUCUCUGUCACUUAUGGAUGCCAUCACCAUGUGCUGCAGAGUGUCAGUGACAUCAGAGCGACAGACAGAGAUGGCCUGGUCUGGACCUGCUGGGACACCAGCUUGAAGGACCAGAUGCAGGCCAUAGUGGACACUGACCAUGUCCUUCAGGACUGGCCUCGGCACAAGAGGUAGAACAGUGGGACAUCAUGUGUGGCUUGUAGGUGCUUCUGGGAUUGACAGCCGCCACCUUGCCAGGUGGGAUGGGGCCUCCUGGGGCUUUGCCUCUGAAUUUGCUCAUCGGGGACGCCCAGCAGGGACUUCCACACAGGAGAGCGGCCCUCCUGGCCCAGUCCCCUUGGCUGUCCGUGGGUCACAGUUUGUCACCUCGUCUCAUCUUCUUAAGGGCAGCCACCCAGGGCGCUUACCAGGCUCUGCUGGGCUUUUGUACCCCUAACCUUGUCUCUCCGGUGUGGGCUGCGCCUCAUCAGGGAUCCUGAGUGGGGGUCCUGUGUCCAGGAAGGAGGAGGAUGGGGGUCCUGUUUGUCUGGGAAGGUGGGAAGCAUCCUUCCCUGAGUCGCCUGGCUUGAGAUGCUAUUGGAAGGGGGCUCUUUGCUAUCACGCCAUGUCCAUCACCCCACCCUUCUCCAACCACGAGCACAAUGGUCUUACGUUGGAUUUUUUGUAAAAAAAUUGAAAAAAAAAGAAAAAAAAUAAAUGGAGGCUUUAAUUCAA